AUGGAACACGUAAAUAGGCAAGUUAAAACUUUGUCAGCUCGGCUAAGCUGUCUUACACGUUAUGUGGUACAUAGAAAACGUCGGUUGGAGUCAGCAUUGGAAAAGAUCAAUGCUCUUGAAAAACAGUUUUCUGAUCAUCUGUCAAAUUGUACACCUUCUUCACGGUGUACACAGCGGUCUAUAGGUUGUCAGGUACCUCCGAAAUCAAAACCUUCGGGUUUUCUGUUGUCAAGUCCAAAGCAUUCAGUCACUAUAUCGUCUGACAUGAGUGAUGUCUGUUCUUCCUCUUCAAGCAGUAGUGGCGCAAUACAAUGUCUCCAAAGAGCAUCCACUUCAGUGGACGAGGAUACAUCAAAAAUGUCUAAGAAACUUGAGAUUCAAAAAUGUCAGGCUGCCAACUCACCUUCCUCUCAAAGGUAA